AUGAUAAAAGAUGUCAAAGGAUUGGAUCUCUCAGUGGAUGAUUUGCCAGUGGAAAAAGCGCUUGGUAUGAUUUGGGAUGUAGAACAAGAUACUUUGUGCUUCCGUGUCAAACAUAAGGAUAAACCUGCUACAAAAAGAGGAUUGUUGUCAACUAUUAAAUCUAUUUUUGAUCCUCCUGGUUUCGGUCAGCCAGUUCUUCCACCUAUGAAAGUUUUGAUCCAAGAUUUAUGUAGGAAGAAAUAUGAUUGGGACGAUCCUAUUCCACAAGAAUUGAAGAAAGAAUGGUCAAAAUGGCUUUCUGAUUUACCAAAAUUAAAGAAUUUCAAUGUACCGAGAUGCUAUACACCAAAAGAUUUUGGUAAAAUAAUCGAUAUACAACUUCAUCAUUUUUCAGAUGCGUCUGAAAAGUCAUAUGGUGCCGUAUCCUACAUUACAAUUACAAAUACGUAUGAACAAGUUCAUUGUGCUAUUAUAAGUGGAAAAACCAGACUUGUCCCUUUAAAAUUAAAUGGUUCAACAAUACCGCGACUCGAACUUUGUGCAGCAACAAUUACUGCUAAAAAUGAUGCAUUUCUAAAAAAAGAACUCAAACUUCCAAUUUCGGCUUCAUAUUUUUGGACCGACAACAGGUUUCGUCUGAAGAAAGCUUUUGCCUGGAUAUUACAAGGUAGAAAUAUGUUGUUUCCAAAACUUAAUGCAAAUGAAUUGCCUUCUAACCUGCCUAAAGAAAAUCGUAUUCAACCACUUUCUGUUACUGAACUACGAAAUGCGGAAUUGGAGAUAAUCAAAUAUGAACAAUCAAAAUAUUUCGUUGAGGAAAUACGUUUGCUGUCAAAUAAUCAAGAAAUUCCAAAAUCAAGCACUUUGAUUUCGCUUCGUCCUUUUUUGAAAAAUGAUAUUCUUCGUGUCGGAGGCAGAAUCAAAGAUGCUCCAAUUAGUUAUGAUGCUAAGCAUCCAAUCGUUAUACCAAAAUGA